AUGCAGCCAGGGGCCACGACGUGCACGGAGGACCGCAUCCAGCACGCCCUGGAGCGCUGCUUGCACGGGCUCAGCCUCAGCCGCCGCUCCACCUCCUGGUCAGCUGGGCUGUGUCUGAACUGCUGGAGCCUGCAGGAGCUGGUAAGCAGGGACCCCGGCCACUUCCUCAUCCUCCUGGAGCAGAUCCUGCAGAAAACCCGUGAGGUCCAAGAGAAGGGCACCUAUGACCUCCUCGCCCCCCUGGCCCUGCUCUUCUACUCCACUGUCCUCUGUACUCCACACUUCCCACCAGACUCCGAUCUCCUUCUGAAAGCAGCCAGAACCUACCACCGAUUCCUGACCUGGCCCGUCCCUUACUGCAGCAUCUGCCAGGAACUGCUCACCUUCAUCGACGCUGAACUGAAGGCCCCAGGAAUCUCCUACCAGCGACUGGUGAGGGCCGAGCAGGGCCUGUCCACUAGGAGUCACCGCAGCUCCACUGUCACCGUGCUGCUGCUGAACCCGGUGGAGGUGCAGGCCGAGUUCCUCGCCGUGGCCGACAAGCUGAGCACGCCCGGGCACUCGCCACACAGCGCCUACACCACCCUGCUCCUACACGCCUUCCAGGCCACCUUUGGGGCCCACUGUGACCUCCCGGGUCUGCACUGCCGGCUGAAGUCCAAGACCCUGGCGGAGCUUGAGGACAUCUUUACCGAGACGGCGGAGGCCCAGGAGCUGGCAUCUGGCAUCGGGGAUGCCGCUGAGGCCCGGCAGUGGCUCAGGAGCAAGCUGCAGGCGGUGGGAGAGAAAGCCGGCUUCCUUGGUGUCUUAGACACUGUAAAACCUGGCAAGCUUCGCACCAUCCCCAUCCCUGUGGCCAGGUGCUACACCUACAGCUGGAACCAGGACAGCUUCGACAUCCUGCAGGAAAUCCUGCUCAAGGAACAGGAGCUGCUCCAGCCAGGAAUCCUGGGGGACGACGAGGAGGAGGAAGGGGAGGACGAGGAGGAGGAGGAGGAGGAGGACUUGGAGACCGACGGGCACUGUGCCGAGAGGGACUCGCUGCUCUCCACCAGCUCGGCAGCCUCCCACGACUCCACGGGGUCCCUCACCUCGUCCCGGGCCUCAGGACCCACUCUCCCCCGCCACGUGCUGACUUCCUUCGUCUCGGGCCUCUCGGACGGCGUGGACAGCGGUUACGUGGAGGACAGCGAGGAGGGCUCCUUCGAGUGGCCCAAGAGGCCCGGCAGCCAGGAACGCCGGGGCCACCGCAGGUCCGGGCAGAAGCUCAACAGGAUCUAUAAACUCUUCAAGAGCACGAGCCAGCUGAUGCUGCGGAGGGACUCCCGGAGCCUGGAGGGCAGCCCGGACAGCGCCCCGCCCCUGCGGCGGGCCGGCAGCCUCUGCAGCCCCUGCAGCUCCCUGGAUGGCCCGGCGCUGCCCCCCUCCCGGGCCCAGCGCUCCCGCUCGCUGCCCCAGCCCAGGCUCAGCCCCCAGCUGAGCGGCUGGCUCCUGGCCCCCCCCUCCCGCCACCAGCGCCGCCGCCCCUUCCUGAGCGGGGAUGAGGACCCCAAGGCCUCCACGCUGCGAGUCGUGGUCUUCGGCUCCGAUCGGAUCUCGGGGAAGGUGGCCCGGGCGUACAGCAAGCUGCGGCGGCUGGAGAACAACCGUCCGCUCCUCACGCGGUUCUUCAAGCUUCAGUUCUUCUAUGUGCCGGUGAAGCGGAGCCCCGGGACCGGCACCAGCCCCAGCCCAGCCCCUCGGAGCCAGAUGCCCCCGCUCCCCACAGACUCCCCGAGGCACCUCGGUGCUGCGGAGCUGGGCGCGGCCCCCUGGGAGGAGAGCACCAAUGACAUCUCCCACUACCUCGGCAUGCUCGACCCCUGGUAUGAGCGCAACGUGCUGGGCCUUAUGCAUCUGCCCCCUGAGGUCCUGUGCCAGCAGUCUCUGAAGGCUGAGUCCCGGCCCCUGGAGGGCUCCCCUGCCCAGCUGCCCAUCCUGGCGGACAUGCUGCUCUACUACUGCCGCUUCGCUGCCCGGCCGGUGCUGCUGCAGGUCUAUCAGACUGAGCUGACCUUAAUCACCGGGGAGAAGAUGACGGAGAUCUUUAUCCACUCCCUGGAGCUGGGUCACUCAGCUGCCACACGCGCCAUCAAGGCUUCGGGUCCUGGCAGCAAGCGGCUGGGCAUCGAUGGUGACCGGGAGGCCGUCCCUCUAACACUACAGAUUAUCUACAGCAAGGGGGCCAUCAGUGGACGCAGUCGCUGGAGUAACAUGGAGAAGGUCUGCACCUCCGUCAACCUCAGCAAGGCCUGCAGGCAGCAGGAGGAGCUAGACUCCAGCACGGAGGCCCUGACGCUAAACCUGACAGAAGUGGUGAAAAGGCAGAACCCUAAAUCCAAGAAGGGCUUCAACCAGAUUAGCACUUCGCAGAUCAAGGUGGACAAGGUGCAGAUCAUCGGCUCUAACAGCUGCCCCUUUGCCGUGUGCCUGGACCAGGACGAGAGGAAGAUCCUGCAGAGUGUGGUCAGGUGUGAGGUCUCACCCUGCUACAAGCCGGAGAAGAGCAGCCUCUCCCCCCCACCCCAGAGGCCCUCCUACCCGCCCGCGCAGGCGGCGCCCGACCUCUGCUCUCUGCUCUGUCUGCCCAUCAUGACGUUCAGCGGAGCCCUGCCCUAGCGGCCUGCGCAGCAAGCCAGGGGUCAGCCUCCUCGGAGCCCCCUCCCCCGGGAGGG